UAUUGUUGAUGUACGUUUUAUUUUAUGUUCAGCACUGAACUCAAUAUUGGCCUUUCGGUGCAUAUCGAUCUUUAACUAAUACACCUUUAUGCGUUUGUGAUUAUUUUAUGUAUCGCUUCAUACUUCAGAGAUGUUUUCAGCCAGUUACCUGGUCAAACGAAAGUGUUUGAAAACUACACAGAAAGGCAAUUAUGGUAAUGGUUUGGUGUAGGUCAUCAAUCAUGUGCGAUGGGGCUGCAGUCAGAUAUAUGUGUGAUUCGCUGCUGGCGGGCAGGUGGGAAAUCUGAAGACGUGCUCAUUAAUGCGAACGAGACCCCGCGGGCUCUUUACAAGCACGACCCUCAAAGCAAGUGCACGAGCGCAUCGUUAUACUGCGACUCUGCCGCGGGCGCAACAACUUUACGCGACUAUUGCAAUUUGUUAUCCGCUCCUCUGACGUCAGACUCAUCGGCGUUAAAAACAACGUGCAACUGUGCCGGCGUUUGUUAUGAUUUUUUAUAUACAACUUCACCAUGAUGGGCUGAAUUUUGGACUGCACAACAUUUAAGACUGUUUGUGGAAGAGAUAAAGAGAAGCAAGCUGAUGGACGAUUAACCAUACAACUCCAUUGAACUGAUGACUCGCAUCUGGACAGCGACUUUGAUGCUCUUCUCAUCAUGUCAUUCACACAGUUUGGCUAUUCAUACCCUGCUGCACCACAGUUUCUGAUGUCAUCUAAUGCACUUGGCGCUUGCUAUGAAUCCAGCAGUGGUUCUCUAUUGGACACCGGGGUGGCGACUUCACCUCCAAACUCGCUUUAUUGCCCGGUAUAUGAAAGUAGGCUUGUGGCCUCUGCGCGUCACGAUCUGAUGCCCACCGCUGUCUAUGGCAACACCUGUUCAAAGAAGCACAGUUAUGAUACUUGCAGCACGUAUGGUCCAGAUUCAGCUUCAUUUUAUCCUCUGAGCAAAGCGAGUGAGAAAGAUGGAGCAGCGACAGGAGUUUCUCGAAACUACCACUCGUAUGACCAAUCUAUUGGCCAUUACCAAUAUGACAGAUACGGAUAUGGAUCAGUGGACAUUGGCACAAGAAGGAAAAACGCAACAAGAGAAACAACCAGCACACUGAAGACAUGGCUGCAGGAACAUCAAAAGAACCCGUAUCCCACCAAGGGUGAGAAGAUUAUGCUGGCCAUCAUCACUAAAAUGACCCUUACGCAGGUGUCCACCUGGUUCGCCAACGCGCGCCGGAGACUCAAGAAGGAGAAUAAGAUGACGUGGUCACCGCGCAACAAGACAACAGAAGAGAAAGACUGCGAUGACCAAGAAGAUAUCGACGAGUCACAGGGAAUAAAGACCGAGCAGGAGUUUAACGACAACAGUGGAAAUGAAGAUGCAGAUCAACUUCACAGUGAUCUGGAGGAUUUCGAUCUUGUGGAAUCUGAUUGCUCAGAGUGUGAAACCAAACGAUCUUCUGCAGGUUCAAAUGAAUCUCUGGAGGAACCCAUUACCGAACUUUCAAGGGGUGUCCAUAAAUUUAUUGAAGCUCGCCUGAAACCAACUGUUCCAGACAACCAAACGAGCGAGUUCUACCUUCAAUGCCAAAGGACAACAGAGACCAAGCCAAAAAUCUGGUCGCUUGCACAGACUGCUACGUCGUUGAACCAAGCCGGUUACUCAUCAUGCAUGCACAAAAGUCAAGAGACGUCUUGCUCUACAAACUCGGACAUCACAAAUAGGAAACAAGAAUCCCCAGUGGACACUUUGAGAAACUGGGUUGACGGCAUCUUUCACGACCCCGUAUUUCAACACACCAAUUUAAACCGAACUUUCAGCAGCUCUACAGAGUUAUGGACCGAAGUCAUCUCACCUCAGAAUAACUACCAGGAACACUCAGGGCAUUUUUCCUCUCAGCUUAAUUCAUAACUGGUACAAAACUUAUCCAACUGGAUAUUAGUCACCUCAAUGUUAUAAACGUAAAGUUUAAAAUAUCACAGUUAGUGUCGACUUGUAAGCUGCCUGUUAUCAUAAGACCUCAUGAGAAGUAUACAUUUAUAACUUAAUGCAGCAUAGUAGAAUUAAAACGUUUUGCACUUUUUUUAUUUGAGGGAAUGUAGAGUAAAAAUCAGACACAGAUUUUUUUUCACACAGAUUAGAAAGAUUUUCCAUGUUUCUCAUCUCACUUCUCUCAGAAAUAAAAUUUCAUAUUGUGAGAGA